GUAACAUAAACAAGUUUUUCAAUUCUGUAUACUGUAUUGUUGUGAACGUUACUACAAUAUACUGAAAGAUAAUGUUAUCUUUAAUUUGCAGAUACAGUUCUUGUUUAGGAGUUAAUUUCAAACAUCAGUAAAUCCAAUAGAUAGGUAAUUAAAGAUAAUAAAAGUUCGAUUUGUGCGAAUUUAGCAAAAUUUUAGUGAGCAUAUCAUAAAUACUAGGCCCCGAAUAUGGAAGAACAGAAUACACCUAACAGUGAAAAUUUACCUUCCUCAACUUCUCAUAUUUUUAAAAAAUUCCAGAAGUUGUAUGCUAAACAACUAAAAGAAGUUGAUGAAACACCAGGAUCAGAUGGCUUGAAGCUCAAAGUUAAAAUAUUAGAGAACUGGGUAGAAGAUUUGACUGAACAAAACAUGAUGCUUGUGAAGACUGUAGAUGAGCUUGAAAGUGAAGCACUCAAACGACUCAGCGUGCUAGAGGCCAAUCUGAAUCAAGGUCAAGAAACAACUCUGGCAGAAGGAACUUUUGGAAGACACUCAAAUUUGUCUAAAGGACUAAACUCUCAGAUUGAAACAUUAUGUCGGGAACUGGAAUUGGUGAAAAGUCAACUUUCAGACAAAGAGAAGCUAAUAUCAACUUAUCAGACACGCAUUGAGGAACUAGGCUCAACAAUUGAGGAAGGGAAAGCUGAUAACAGUGAGAGGGUUUUUGCCCAAAGCCAUAGUAAGCCAGAGAGUGUUUAUGAUCAAGACCGUAAUGUCCAGCCUUCUGUGUACAGAGAACUGGAAAAUACACGCUUACAACUGACACAAGUGGAAAAGGAAGUUAUUCAGUUGAAGAAGAAACUGAAGGAAGCCGAAAGCAACAUCAAGAGAUUGCGAAGUGACUUGGUGUCGAGUGAGAAGAACGCAAAGGAGAUGAGAGCUGCUUUGACAGCAGAGGUGGCAGACAAGCAUGACCAGAUACUGGCGCUGCGCAGGGAGGUGAAUCAGCUGGAGGAGCAGCUACGCCAGGCCGACAUGCAGACGCACUUCAAGGAUGACAUCAUCAAGGAGCUGCGCAAGGAGGUCAAGGUGGCACGUAGUAAGGAGACGUUGGUAGAAGUACUGGGUAUUAAGGAGCGAUCCUUGUCUCACUUGGAACAGCUGACUGAACAGUUGGAGCAGAAGAACCAGGUGAUCAACUGUUUGAAGCAACAGCUGGCGACGGGAUCAUCUGAUCUGUUGUAUAGAGUAAGGCAGCAGGUGGACUGGUUCACAGAGAACAUCAGCCAACAGUGCAGCAAAGGCAACUGUUCUGAGGAGUUCAAGAAGUGCAUUACGACAAUGGUUGAGGAGCUGAAAGAGUCGAUAGAAUGCUGCAACCUAAACCCUUCAGACUCCACUGAGAUGGGUAAGGAUCCCAUAAAGUUUGUAACUUCUCUACAACAAAGUUUGGACAAAUCAAAGAAGGACAUUUGUCAAUCAUGGAACUCCAUAUCAGAAGCUGUACAGCAAAUGAACGAAACGAAUACGACUAUGUUGGUGGAUCAGUGGAAGGUCGGUCUAUGUAAACAGAAGAGUUUUCAGCAGAAACUGCAAGAAGUAGUCAGGUCCAUCAUAGACAUAAAAAAUAGUUCCAACACCAAUGUGUACUGUGUCACUAGAUCUAUGGAUUCUUUGCAGUCUCUGUUGUUUAAGUUUACAAAUGAGCUCAACACCCAGCCAAGUGGAAGAAGUUUUACUGGAUGGCUGAAAAAUCUUCAUUGUGUGGUCACUGAAUUGAUUACAAAAGUUCAAGAAGUAUCUCAAAUGAUUUCUGAUGUUAAAAACAGUGACGACAAAACCCAUGCAGACCUGGUGUGUAAGAUGCAGAUUGUGGAUUGCCUUCAGCAGGAGCUCAAUGAAGCUUUGAGGUCUGAAGCUAAGGCUUACGACAGCCUUUGUAGGAAGGAAAAAACUCAGAGAGUAAAAGUUGACUCGUUGAUGGCCUUGGUACUUCAUCAUCAGGAGACUUGGAAGCAGCAAAUGACUCUAACUGAUGACUUGAUGAAGGAAAUUCUGCGGCUGAGUAGGAAUUCAAGGAAUAGUUAUUCAAAAUCACCAGUUGCAAAUCCAACCGCAAGAAGAAAUGUAAACUGGAAGUCCCUGAUAUCAACAAUUUCUUGUGACAUAAAACAAUCACUUUGUAAUAUUGAACAGAGACAGAACCAGGUCAGCCAUUUGGAACUGGAUUUGAGUUCUGUCAAACUGGUACUUGAGUCUGCCCAAAAGGAAAUUGAUGAAAUAUCAAAGACUAACAAUCACCAAGAUGUAAUUCGCAAAGUGACUGUUUUGCUGUUGAAACUAAAGAAACAGAUCGCAAAUGCAUUGAUCAAGGCAAACGAUCUUGUAAAAGCUUAUGAGAGUACCAAACAAGAAUUUAUAAAUUCAUCAGAGCGUAUUCAUAAUUUACAAAAAGAAUGGGACGUUUUAGAACGAGAAGUACGCAGUCAUUGGGAACAGCUCUCAAAGGAUUUCAGUUUACCUCAAAAACCUAACAAAGGAGUCUGCCCCAGUCAAGAAGUCCUGGCAACUUAUGGGCAAAAAGUGAAGGAAUUAAAUGAAACUCUCGACUCUUAUUUUCUGCAACAGCAAAAUGAUAAGGCACCUUUUAAACCACUUCUUAGACAGUACAGAGGAGUAGAGCAAGUUCUGAAGAAAGAAACAGAUUCUGCUAUGAAAAAAGUCAAGGGAAAUAUGGUGGAACUGAAAUCAAACAUUAAAGACAGAGAUAAACUGACUGAAACGCAGGAUAAAACCAUAUGUGUUCUUCAGAACUCACUUAAGCGAUGUCACACUGAAGCAGAACAACUUCGCAAAACAAUUCAUUGCCUGGAACUACAAAAAUGUGAAACUGAAAGGGAAAGUAAGAGGAAAAUCCAAGAAUUGGAGUCCAAGAUUUCAAAACUUCAAAGUUGUUUGAAGAAAUAUGAAGAGGUCAAUGAUUUAAAAGAGAACGAUUUGGUAGAAAAGCUUCAGUUUGCCACACUUGAGCUCGCCUCACUUGCCGGUAAUCUACAAGAUGAUUGCAAAAUCGCUCAUCUCAAAAUAACAGAUCUUUACGAACAGCUGAGUGACAAAGAGAAACGUCAUCAAAAGGCUGAAGAAGAUUUUAAAUCAGCCAUUGCCAAUUUACAAGAAAGCAUAUUUAAAGAACAAAAGAGGGUUGGCGAGUUACAGGACAAAAAUAGACAGCUCGAAAAGCAAAUUGAAAAUUCAAAGUUAACUACUGAAUCAAAGAAAAUAAAAGAGGAAAAUGUGCAGAAAGAUCUAAUUGAAGAGUUGCAAGAUAAGGUUCACGAACUGCAAAAUAAAUUGAAGCUUUCCGAAGAAACAGUUGCAAAACAUCACAAAUCAGAAGCAGCCUUACAAAUUGUCAUUGCAAAUUUGAAAGAAUCUAUAUCUAAUGAAAGGAAAAAGAAGAUUGAGUCAGAAAAAGAAAAUAAUAAACUCAUAGAAAAAAUUAAAGAGUUAGAAGACAGCAGCAAAGAUGUGUCCAAGUCCAACCAGGAGACUAUUGAUAAAAUUACAGAUCUCAAGAAACAGAUAAAAUGUUGGACGAAACAAGUCUCAGAUCUUAGAGAUCAGUUGAAAACAACACAGGAGAAACUUUGUAGCUCUCUUAAACGAGAAAAACAACUACAACUCGAUCUAUCCUCAAAGGAUUCAAGAUACAAAGAAGAAAUCAGUAAAAAACAAGAGGAAAUUGACCAACUGACAAAGACAGUGGGGCAUCUAACUGACAAAAUUGAUGAGUCUCAAACAGAGCUUCAUACAACCAAAACCAAGACUUGUGAGGUGGAACUUAAACUGCAGAAUGUGUGUGGCGCGUAUGAUGAGCUGAAAUUGAAGGAGAAAGAGAAGGAGGCCCAGGCCAACAAGCUGCAGGCUGCGUUGACAGAGCUGAGUCGAAAGUUUGCUUCGUGUCGUCUGGACGCAGGAACAAGUCAGUGUGUGCGCCACUACCAGGAGGAAUGUGCCAAAUACGAGGCACUAUACAACACGACAGCCUGUAAACUUCGCUCCAAAGAAGUAGAGGUUUCUUCUUUGAAGCAAGAGUUGGAGAGGUUAAGAAGUGAACUGGACCACAUCUCUAUGGCUACUUCACAACAAAGAGAAGACGAGAGUUGUCCAUUCCUCAUGGAGAGAGUCCAUCAACUAUCGAGAGAAUUGCAAGUAGCUCACUCCUGCCAAAACAGCUAUGAGUCCAUGCUUAGAGAUAUAAGAGAACAAUUUUCUAAGAAAGAGGAAGAAAACUUUCACUUAAAAACACAAAUGAAACAAAUAACGCUGCAGAGGGAUACAAUACUUUCAGACUUGGAAUUAGCUACACAGGAGAUAAGUAGGCUGAAGAAUAAUAACUCCAGUUUGCAAUCAACAAUCAAAAGAUUGGAAAAGAGCAAUGCUCAGUUUUCGGAACAGUUGGUUUACGAGAGUGAUCACUCGGCUCACCUACAGCCCAACAUUGAGGUACAGAGGGAGAUCAGCACUGCUCUCACCAGCCAACUGAGAGGAGUCAAACAGAAGCUGCAUGCCACCAAACAUGAUUACAAAUUACUUCAAACAGCUUACGAGGAUCUGAACCGUAAGUACACGAUGCUGCAGCGAGGGGAGAGAGACUUGGAGGGGAUGAAAGAGGCGAAACCUGUGUCCAAGACUGAGUCUCAUUGUAGACCUUGUUUGGCCAAAUCAUCAAAGUCUGUCAAUUACAUAAAAACACCAGAGAACAUGAGGAGUCAGGACCAUUUUGACCAUUUGCCUCAUUCCAAGUCGUGGCACGAAGACAAAGAUUUGGAGAGAAGAUGGAAGCGGAAGCUACAAGAUGUUAUAAGAGGCGGAGAUGUGAUGCAUAACUCGUCUUCCAGCAACUGAACACAAGUGUGUCGACAACAAUAUUUUGAUACGUAUUUUAAAAUUGUAAUAAAGGUCUAUGCUUGCUGUAUUUAA